AUGCCUGUCCCUCAGUUUUCUGCGCUGUCGCUCACGGACCUUGUCGCAAUUCGCGCUCGCGAUCAACCCGACCAUGUCGCAUUCUACACCGGUAUAGACGAAACUGGAGACCCUCUCAGGCCUCUCACAUACUUUCAGGUGCAACAGGCAGUCAAUCGCCUCUGCGCCCAUUAUGCCCCCAUCGGUCUGACGCUUCCGGCAAUCACGCCUCUCCCUCAACGCACUAUUGCCAUUUUUACAUCUACUGCGAUUGACGAGUCUCUUCUCGAGAUCGCCCUAGCGAAGCUCGGGUUAUCACCUCUUCUUCUCUCUGUGAAUAACUCGACCCCUGCCGUCGCGCAUUUGUGCAAGCUCACGCACGCGACCCAUCUCAUUUAUGGGUCUAAAUACCUCGACGUGGCCAGCGAGGCACAGCGAUUGUUAAAGGAGCAAGGCUACGAGCUCGAGAUCGUGCCAGAGAUGCGCUUUCCGCUGUGGGGACCGGAUGGUGUCCAAGAAGCCAAAAUACUCCCGUUUAAGCCGGUUUUGACACCUUCUGAAGAGGCUGAGAGGGUUGCGGUCAUAUUGCAUUCAUCUGGAUCGACCGGUUUCCCAAAACCAGUGUACAUCACCCAUAGAGGCAUGAUUGCGAACUUGCAUGGCCAUAUCCCGCAACCGGGGUUCAGCGCUCUACCUGUAUAUCACGGCUUCGGCCAUUUCAGUGGGUUCCGAUGUUUCUACAACGGCGUCCCCUUCACCCUUUUCCCGCCGCAUCUCCCUCUCACCUCUGCGAACAUAUGUAGAAUUAUAGAAUCCUCUCCUACGCCUUGCAAACAAUGCUUCGCUGUACCAUACGUUAUCAAGCUUAUGGCAGAGACGGAAGAAGGGACUAGAGCGCUCGCAGCUUUUGAUGCAGUCAGUUACGCUGGUGCCGCAUUACCAGAUGAUCUUGGUGAUCGACUUACUGCAGCUGGUGUCAAUAUCCUCAGUAUAUAUGGUACGACGGAGACUGGCGCCCUCCUCAACUCUAAGCGCGACUUCGCGACCGACAAGUCGUGGAACUGGCUGCGCGCGACGGGGCUCAUCCUCUCAUACAUGUCCAUGGAGCCGCGCGGCGCCAACACGUACGAGAUGGUCGUCAAGGACGGCUGGCCGCCAAAGAUCGAGACGAACCGCCCUGACGGCUCGUACGCAACGAAGGACCUGUUCAUCCGACACGAGGAGAAGGGCGAUGGGAAUUGGUACAAGUAUUGCGGGCGGCUGGACGACACGCUCGUGCAAGUCUUGGGCGAGAAGACGAAUCCCGUGCCGAUUGAGCUCGCGAUUCGCGGCAACAGCCCCUACAUUGCAGAGGCCAUCGUCUUUGGGGCUGGAAGGCCGCAAGUCGGCUGCCUUAUCCUUCCCUCGGAGCUCGGCAGAGAGCUUUCCAAAGAUCGAGAGGCCUUCUUCGAGAAGGUGUGGCCAGUUAUCGAGGAAGCCAACGCGCAGGCCCCGACGCAUUCGAGGCUGCUCCCAGAGAUGGUCCACAUCUUGCCAUACGGCACAGAUAUUCCCGUUGCGACGAAGAUGACGAUAUUGAGGCCCGCCUGUUAUGCCAAGUUCAAAGAUAUUAUAGGUGAAAUAUACGACAGAUUCGAAAACGGUAACGGUAUAGCGAAGCUCAUCCUCUCCAAGCCGGAACUAGAGAAGUUCAUAUUUGACGCAAUCGCGCAGACCCUUGGAGCAACUAGAUCCGCUGCGUUGAACAAUACAGCCGAUCUAUUUGCUUUUGGUGUCGACUCUUUGCAGGCGACUCGGAUUCGCAACAUCUGUCAGAAGGAAUUGGACGUUGGAGGGCAUACGCUUGGGCAGAACAUUGUCUACGAGAACCCUUCUAUCAACAAGUUAGCAGAGUAUAUAUUGAGUUUGCGAUCCGGGCAAGAUGCUCGGGAGUCGGAUGAAUACCAGCACGCCAAGAUGUUCGCUAUGGUCGAACGGUGGAGUUCCAAAUUUGAUGUGAGGAAGUCGACUCCCUCGAACGGACAGCAGACAGCCUCAGCGUCCCACAUUAUUGUCCUCACCGGUGCAACCGGCUCCCUCGGCGCUCACAUUCUGCAGCAACUUGUCUCUUCUCAAUCGGUCUCCAAAGUGAUUUGCCUUUCCCGCGCCAAAUCACACGCCGAAUCCCUCGCCCGCGUGCAGGAAUCUUUGCAACUCCGUCAACGCUACCUGUCAGCCGCGGAGCAAGCCAAGGUUCUGUCCUUUGCUGCAAAUGUCAAUGAGGAUCAGCUGGGCUUGACGUCCACAGAGUAUGAAAUCCUUCGAUCUGAGGCGACAACCGUCAUCCACAAUGCCUGGCCCGUCAACUUCGUCCUCGGCAUCGACUCGUUUGACGAGCACAUCGGUGGCGUCGUCAACUUGAUCAACCUUUGCAUUCGCUCGUCCAAGGCUCAGCUCCCAACGUUUUAUUUCAGUUCUUCAGUGGGAACCCAGCAGGGUGUUGCGAACCAGGUCUGUGCGGAAGAUUUCUCGGAUUCGCCUGCGACGGCGUCGCCGAUGGGAUAUGCCCGGAGCAAAUGGGUUGUAGAGAAAGUGUGCCAGCGCGCAGCUAAAGAUACUCCUAUCAACGUUGGCGUUUUGCGCAUUGGACAGCUUGUCGGAGAUACGGAGAACGGGGUAUGGAACGAGACGGAAGCCUGGCCUUUGCUGUUCAAGGGCGCUAAUGCAGUCGGCGCGCUUCCCCUUCUCAACGAGCGACCAUCUUGGCUUCCGGUGGAUAUCGCGGGUCGAGCUAUCGUUGAGAUUGCUACACAGCCAACUCCGCCCAAAAGCGUUGUUUAUCACGUCCUGAACUACAAUACGACAAGCACAUGGGACCGCAUUCUUUCAGGGCUUAAACAGGCUGGUGUGCGCUUUGACACAGUGAGCCGCGAGGAAUGGUUGGAGCGCGUGGCCAAAUCAGAUCCGGACGGCUCACGCAACCCUACGAUUAAGCUCCUAGGUUUCUAUCGCAAUCGCAUCGGCAAAGCCGACGAGCGGCCGCCCAUGGAGUUCUCUGUGGAGAUUGCAAGUAAGGCCGCACCGAGCAUUGCGUCAUGCCCUGCUAUAACCGAGGAUCUUGUUGGAAGAUGGGUAGAUCAUUGGCGUACGACAGGCUUCCUGUCUGCGGAGUAAACGACGUCCGUGUAUACAGAUUCUCGAUUCAUAAGUCUCUAGAGUGUUGUAUCAUUAGGAU